GCUCGUGACGUCACCGCGGCCCCGCCCAUCCCCACCGCCUCGGCUGCUCGCUGCACCAGUCCGCCGACCCUCGGCUAGACGCCACCGCCGCCGCCGCCGCCAAAAUGUCCACAGGUGUGCCUUCAGGAAGUUCAAGUGCGGCCACUGGCAGUAAUCGAAGACUCCAGCAGACACAAAACCAAGUAGAUGAGGUGGUUGACAUCAUGAGAGUCAACGUGGACAAAGUGUUAGAAAGAGACCAGAAGCUCUCGGAGCUCGAUGACCGUGCAGAUGCACUGCAGGCAGGUGCUUCUCAGUUUGAAACAAGUGCUGCCAAGUUGAAGAGAAAGUAUUGGUGGAAAAACUGCAAGAUGUGGGCGAUAGGGAUCAGUGUCCUGGUGAUUGUGGUCAUCAUCAUUGUUGUGUGGAGUGUCUCUUCAUGAAGAACCUGGUGAAACCAAAGCCCACUGUUCAGGAGCGUCUUCAAGACUUUCUACUUAGAACCUGCUGUGUUAUUGAGCUUGUUUUUCCAAAUGAUUAUUUUUGUUAGUUUACAUACAGUUCAGUGCCUAGAAAAUGUGCCUUUGUUUUAAUAUACACUCCAAACUGGGGGGUGUGCCCUAUCUUGCACACAUUUUGCACAGUGCCUUCACAGAUGUAUGCCCCGACUAGGAAAGAGGACUUCUGAUGCUCCAGAGUGCUGGAGUCUGGGUGGAUGUUGUCACUGACAACUUGCUGUGGAUUCCAGGAAGGGAAUUGUGUCCAGUUCAGCUGUCCCCACAUCUGACAUCGUCUUCAAAACCACAUUUUAAACCUUUGGGUGAUUAGAUUACCAGCGCCUUUCGAGAAGAACACUACUGCCUAAUACAAAUUGGUGACAAUAACAGGGUGUGCCUUAUUUUGAUACUUGGCUCAUUUUCGUUAAGAGGACCCUCCUUUUUGUAAGCAUUACUGACUCUUGCUGUAUUAAGAUGCUCUCAUGUUAGGUGUGAAGAUGUUUACUUUCUUGUUCUUGUUGUGUAUCGCGUCUAAAAGAGUAUUUUAAUCAGAAAUAACCCUUGAAAAAGUUUUUGUAGGACUAUGACCAAAGUUUCUUUUUUGCCAAAACUGAAAUACGAUGUCCGUUAAGUCUGUCCCUAAUAGAUUUAAGUAAGUGCCAAAUGUAACUCAGGUUGUCCUUCAAGGAAAAAGUGUUUAUACUGUGUGAGCCUUCAACAUUUUCACAGUCCUUCAUGUGAAAUGCUGUAGAUGAUACUCCUUCAAAUUUGGUUUCUUUCAUAGAGCUAUAGAAGUGAGCUAAAGCAAGCAGUUUGCAGACUGAACGAGAGGCUGUGGCCUCUAGUGCAAUGUGAGCAGCAGCUCCGCAGCCUCACAGAGUCAUUAGCAAAGACCGGAGCUCUUGAAUCCUAUUUACUGCUUUUACUCAUACUCCGCUUCCUAAAUCAGUCCUCUGUAUUAUGCCUGAGGUGAGGCAUUGGUCGCUUACAAGUGGAUAGCUAACCAGAGAUACCUGUUGCUCUAAAGACAUAGCUGUUGCCAUCUGAGACACUUUGGUUGUGUAUAUGAGACUUUCAUCAAGGUGUGGUUCAAAGACGGCGUUCAGGCAUGAAUGUGAAUAAGAAAGCAGGGAGGGAGACACGGGCUUUCUUUGCUUGUGGCAGUGCCUCUACAAUGUCCUGGAAUCUGUGUUUGUGUGCAAAGUGGCACCAGUCAAGAUGGAACAGAAUCUGGUUCCAGUUUUUUAUUUGUUCCCUAACAUUACUGAAACAGUACAAAUAUUGAAAGCAUGUCCCACUAUGGGAAAGCAACAUCAGCCUGGGGCCUCUGUCUUGGUCUGACCCCACAACCUUGGUGCUGUCUCCUCCAUACUCAGACCCAUGUAACUCACUGGCUUCUGUGUUAACACAGUAAUACCUCGCUUGUCUGUGCAUUCAGCUGGGAACUUUCCCGCUAUGAAAUCCUGAAUAAAGUUGUUUAUUAACAUGA